CUGGUCCAAUUUAUUACCCAUCAGCUCAGCCGUUGAUAUCCUUUGCAGCUCUAUAGCAUCUCUCUCCUUCCUUCUACCCAUUAAUUCCUGCCAAAAAUCAAUCUUUGCAGUGUCCCAAAUCUCGUCCUUUUAAGUUCUAUCAAACCCAGCUGUUACUUUCCAGAGAAAAUUAUUUCUACUCUGUAAAGCAUAAAGUUUUUCUCUCUUUCACUGUCUUUUUUCUUAUGAUUUGAUCAUAACCGGGGAGUUGGUUUUCUAUCUUUUUGGUUCGUUUUAGAGCAAGUAACAAUGGCGGGUAUAGCUAUAGUAUUAGAUCUGUUGAGGAAAAAUCCUAACUUUUAUUCAUGCCAGUUCUCUGCCUCUGCGGCCGUCUCGGCUGCCGCCGCCUCCGUCGCAGCUGCAGGGACACCCUUUGCUUCUAGAUUCUUGUUCGGAUAUUCUGGGACACGAGUUGCUCAUUGUGAUGCUGGUGCAGUAUUGUCUGAUGAUUAUAUUUCUAAUAUACGAAAAGCAUCUGGAGAUAUUUUCCAGCAUGAUUCUCUGAAAUACACCACCAAGGAGUACUAUUUUGAGUUAAAACCUCUCUUGUCAGCUUUUGAAUGGAAGCAACUAGCUAUGACAUCCUUGAGGUCAUUUUUGUUGUUUUUUUUGCCUCUUCUGGAGCCUGCUUCAAAUACAGAAGAGGAUGAUGAUGACUUUCUGCAGGAUGCUCCAGACGAGCGCCAUGUAGAUUUGGUUGUUCCCUUUCAAAAAUCAGUGAAGCAAAUUGUUCGUGAGACUACUGUUGUUACCACAAGAAGGAUUCUGGAAAGGCUUGCUGUGCAUUAUGUUUCACAGAGGUUGGCUUGGAAACUUCUAAAAGAUGUUCCUAAAUCAGCUGUGCGCAAAGCUGAACGCGGAAUGCCUACUACUUUCUACCUGUUCAGAGUUAGCAGGACAACUUUUAGAGGACACUUUUUAGGAGUUGCUGCAUCAUGGAUUGUACAAGUUGGUAUUGAGAUUUACCGAUUCUUUAAUCGCCUAGCCAAGUCUGAAUCUGAAGAAGAAAACUGUAAGGUUGACAAAUCAGAACAAGUUAUAAUUCUCGGGAAGAAGGUUACUGGUGUUACUCUCAGGUGUAGUGCAUCAUUAGCUUUUGCUUCCAUUGGGGCAGGGAUUGGUGCAACUCUAAUUCGUCCUUCAACAGGCCAGUGGAUUGGCUGUGCUGUUGGGGAUUUGGCUGGGCCAAUUGUCGUUUCACUGUGCCUUGAAAAAGUUUUACAUACCGAACUCUAGAGCAGUGGCAAUACAUCAUUUGAUGUACUUGCACCUGCUUCUUACUUGAUUGGCUUAUAACAAUUGUUUUUUGAGCAUUUGAUGGUAUAAUUCUGCAUGAUUAAUAUCGAUAUUUUGGAAGCCGUCACUUGGAAAGAAAAGAACUAUGUAAGAAGCUAGAUAACCCCAGGUUUUGUGGCAGAACAUUUUUAACCCCAGGUUUUGUGGCAGAACAUUUUUCUAAGCUGUUGGUUAGAAUUCACCCACAAGGCCAUUGUUAGUUACUUUCUCCUCGUAAUAAAUUUCUACUAAUUUGUUUUCUUUGAUGUUGUGAAUUGUAAUGAGCCAAAGAAAGGGCUUGAAACUGCAUUUUUAUGUAGCUAUUUUCUGUUGAAGAAUGAAUCAUCUAGUGUAAUUACAGAGUUUU